UCAAGCUCAAACGUCAGAUGAUAGAAAGUUACGCUCGAUGUCGAUGUGGUUUAUCAAUGUUGCCAACCCCGCAUCAGGUUUCAAGUUUUUUUAAGAAACUAGAUGCGUCUUCAGCUAUUUUAAAUUACUGAGCUGUUUGAACCCAAACAUGGCAGUCAGUGAUCUUUUUUAUUUCUAGUGAUGGAUUAUAUUUUUCUGAUUGCCAUUGUUUGUACACAGUGAAGCAAAGUUACUUUACUUGACAGUAAAUGUUUACACACUGUAUAUACUUGUGUUGUUAUUCAGCUUUCUCUUCUCAAUAAAUGACUACUUGAUUGGGUUUAAUUUCCAGGCAAUGGCGAGUCACACUGAACGUUGAUUUAUGGUGGAUUGUUUUUUUUUGUUUUUGCACAGGUUGUUGGUUUGGGUUAUCUCUCCCAUCCUGAAACCCGCUAUAGUGUCGGAAUGCUUGUACCCUUGCCAAGUAUCUGGGAACCUAUGGGCAUUUCAACAGGCAAUAUUUGGGUUACGUAGCAGUGACAAAAGUUGAUCACCAAGAACUUAUACUGUUGAAACCCUCUGUUGCAGGUACCCUGGCUGUUAGAUUAUUCUCUAACUUAUGACACAAAUUUUGUGGUAUUUUGAACAUUGGUACCGGUGUGUAGAGGUUUACACUUAUACAUGAUAUCGCGAGCGCCAGUAUGCAUAUUCUCCACACUGUUCUCCAUAGAUUUCUAAAGGUACUGGGUAGGAGAAUUUGUUUAACAACCAAGAGCUUCUUUUGUUGAUGAUCAUUUUCAUUUAUUCUGGUAACUUAAAUGUGUGCAUCAGCAUCAAGUUUUUUCCUGCAAUAUCACCCCUAAUCACUCUUUGGGUCAAGGGGUGAAACCUCUUCUAUGAGAUAAGUGAGAAAAGGAGAAAACUAUACUAUGCCAAGAUGAGUUUUUGAAAAGGUGCGAAGAGUUUGGCCCACACACAGGUCAUGCUGAUGGAAUGACAGAAGUUGAAUGCAAAUACAUCACUUUACUUUCCCCUUUUCACAGUAAUCCUCAUGAAAGAACUGUAAUAUGUGGACAAUUAGUCAGCUAAAAUUGUAAACCUGAUGAAUUUACUUGAAAAAACUGUAAUUCAUGUUACUGUUCCUUUCUUAUUCAGUCACAAUGUAUAAAGUGAACCCAUCUGAUGUUAUUCUUGUUCAUGAUGACCUUGACAGACCUUUAGGGAAGUACAGUUUUAAACAUGGAGGAAGUGCUGGGUGAGCCAUGUUAUACCAAGCACUACAUGUACUUACAGCACUAAUACACCUGCUUUUGUAGAGUAUAAGGCUGUCUAUUGAACCAGCCUGCUUAGUCAGCUGCUAUAGUUUUAUGUAAUAUCAUGGUGUCUAUAGCAUGAAGCUGGCAGUAAAAGUUGGUAAUCCUUAGUUAACCCUGAGUAACAUUUUGACAAUUUGACUCUACUUAUGUGUACAGAUAGUUUAAAAGUUUUUGUAUUUUAAAUUUUUUCAAAUCAGUGCAAUUUUUAUUUCCCCUGGUUCAGAUUUACUGGUAAUGAAAAUGAGACAAUGUUAACCAAAAAUCAACUGGUUUGAGAAUGACAAUUUAACCUCAGCACAACCAUGAGAGGCACAGCGAGAGAGCCUCUGUCCUAAAAAGAACCUGUCAUCAGGUCCAGGACAAAAACUGAGAGAGAGCUAGGUGUAAGGCCAUUGCUUCUCCCACAACAUGUGCUAUGUGAAUAUGAAAUUAUACUUCAAGCUCUAAUUGUUAUUUCUAACAAUGUAAAAUGCUAAAUGAAGAUUUAGUUCUGUUCAUCUGUAUGCUGAAAUUUCAAUUAACAUGUAUGUAACAUUUUUUGCAGGGGUCACAACAGAGUAAAAUCAGCAAUUGCAUCUCUUCACUCUGAUGUGAGUUCCUGUAUUUUUCUUUUAUGCUUUAUUGUGAUUGUAGACUUUGGAAGAAGGGAAGAGGAUGAAAUCUCAGCUAUCAAAAAAUAACUUUUUCUCUCAUCAUAAUCAGACAUCAGUGAUCAGAGAAUUCCCUGGAUACUACAUAAAAUUCUCCACUUAAAUUUCAGUGGCCCAGCCUAUUUUUUUUAUUUAGAUAUGCAGACAUUCAGGCAUGCUAUUGCAUUUCUUAAUGACAACCCCUUAUUACACCCUUUGCAUGACUGACUUUUAGGCAGCGGUCUACCUGUGGCAUAUUUCAAGAGAUGAUUCAUGUUAUGUCUUAUUCGAUGUGUAUUUGAUUAUUUUUUUUAGAGCCUGAGGAGAGUUCGUGUAGGGGUAGGAAGACCAAGCAAGAGAGAUAAUGUGACAGAAUAUGUCUUGAGCAAUUUUGAUCCGUCAGAGAGGCUUGUCAUGGAAAGAACAAUAGGACAAUGCUGUGAGGUUCUCAUGAAGGAGCUUCAGUUAUUAAGAUCUUAGGAAAGUGUCCACUUUAGUGGAGUGCAUAACAUAAUUCUGUAGUAUUUAUUUAGUUGCCUCCUAAAAUUCAAUCAUUAUUAAUAGCAUCUUUGACAAAGUUUAUUUCAGCCUUGAAAUUUCAACAUAAAUUUACACUCAUUUUCUUAUUUACCUCAAAUAUGUCCUGUUUAACCAUUACCAUCUCAUGACUUUGCUAAGUUUACAUGCCUCUCAAGAAAAUGAAAAAAAAAGGUACUUAAUUUGAUAGUAGCCACCCGUAUUAGCAGUUAUGAACAUGAAAUGUGCAUGAGUAAUUGCACUAUAACUUUGGUUUAUCAUGCCGAAAGUGUUCGUGGCCGUGCACAUUUACAUGCGCUUGAGAGAAGUAUCUCAAUUUACCUCCCUUACGUUAAAAUUACAUUAAUAUACCAUUAAGUUGAUGUAACUUUACUGAUAGACAAACCUGUGUUAAGCGGUCAGCCACGGGGGAUGGGGCUUAAUAGAGGUUCCACAGAUUAGAAAUGUAAUAAUCAUAAAUAUUAAUUUUAUGUAAUUUCUAAACUGUGCCUGUUCUGUGCAUUAAACAGGGCAAAUCACCGACUUUGAAGAGCAUUUUGAGCGGAAUUCUGCAGUAUAAUUUAGUUUUAUCACCGGACUUUUUAGUGUAAAUUGGCCAUUAGAAACAACUUUACUGUGACUAAUCAACAUU